AUGUCAUCGGCACAGGAGGUGCAGUCGUUACUAAGGUUCUUAUCACAAGACGCAAAAGUGCCACUAGCACAAGCACUUGCCAAAGCCAAGGACCUUCAAGCUGCGAAGCUUGUCCUGGCUGCAGAUCUGGCAAAAGCAGACUUUUCAACCCUCAAGAGUAUUUUCGAAGACGACAAGACGGCGCGACAGGUGCUCAAUGCCGCAAAACGUGUAUCGAAGAAGCGGUCCUUGGGUGAAGCAUCAGGCACUGGUCCAGUACCAGCGCCGUCACCCAAGAAGAUCAAACCAUUGUACGGACAGCCUUUCAGUCCAUCGGAAAUCGAGGCUUCUCUUGUGCUUCCAGCAGCUGAACGAAACGAAGCUGCACUCAAAUCGAAAGUCAUCUUCACCAAUCGAGCCCCCCUACUACUAGCCUUCACAGUGGCACUGCUGAAGUUCACCAUGCCAGAACAGCCGUUGUCGAGCAGACUGAGCCUUGCACAAGCCGUUGUCAGUAUGAACAGCAAGACCAAAGCGGUUCACAUCGGUAUCGACAGCGGGAAAACUGCAGAGGAUGAAGGCUGGGGAGAAGGACAACCAAUUAUCCGGAUCAUGAAUAGGGAGGUUCGAGUCACGAAGCGCUGGGGCUACGAAUGGGAAGAGAGCUCAGCACCAGCAAAGGUCAAGAGUGAAGCAUCGAUGCAAGGCACUGUGAAAGAGGAAGACUCGACACAAGGGACCCUAGUAGGUGAUGACGAGCCUGCGAAAGCCAAGGAACCCGCGCUCUGGGGUAUCGACUUAGAAGCCCUCAAGAAAGCCAGUUCUGGGACUAGCCCACCUAAAGGAUCCAGUCAGUUGCCUAUCCACACCGCUCAAGGCGCACGAGCGUAUCUGAUGAAGUCUUUCGAAACACCAAAAGCGGCUCCAACAGGAACCGAAACCACACCUGUGAAGCGAGCCGCUGCUUCUCUGACGGCAGAGAAAGAGCGCAACCUGGGGAUGUUGUUAGGUGCUCUCGAGCUCCUGUAUCAGUCCUGGGCCCAGGUACUGAGCAUGGAAGAUCUUGAUAGACGAGCUUGGGGCUGGUAUGUACGCACGCGGCCAGAAGUUGCGUCUGGGCAGGCAGGCUGGGGUGGGAAGGGCACCGUCAAACUAUCGGAUAUUCUUGAGCUCAGGCGACCCGCAGACUGA